AUGGCGGCAUCACAAACCUACAAAGUUAUAUCGACCGAUCGGUUACUUAACAAAGAUUCAAUGGUCUUCGAGCUCGACGAGUCCGAUAUCUGGGACAUGACUGCCCGAUUGGUUUCGCCCGACGAAAGGAGUCCCCGUCAAUGGACUGGCAUCUCUGCCGAUGAAUAUACCGAACUGGUCGAACCGUCAAAGAUACUGAAAAAAGAGUAUAGGGUAAAUCACCGGAGGGACUUCGAUGAGGAUGAUUUCGAGGACGACGACGAGGAUUCGGAGCAUUGGGUUCCGUCUCAUGAGUUUUUAGCUAGGCAAAUAGCGAGGAUGAGGACCGUUCAUUCUCAUUGCACGAAGGGAUUGGUCGUUCAAAGAGAGUUCUGA